AUGGGAGACAUUUACGCAAGAUCAAUUGAAUCAGUUCAAGCUGCACUAUCUUUGUUUAAUGAGAAAAGUGAUCAGAGAAAAAGUUGGUCUACAAGCAGCAAUGAAUUAGAUAAAGAAAAAGAGCUUGAUGGCCUAAUAAAGGACUUAGCCAACUAUAAGGUUCAACUAGAAGCAAAGGACUCUGCCUACAAGAAAGCCCUUCUUAAGCUAGACCACUAUCAGAAAAUAUCCGAUGAAUUCUUCACCCUGCUAAAGAAUUUUGAGUUUGAGAAUGAUAUUAACGUCAAUGAAUGCAGAGAAGCUAGAUUGCAAAUAGGUGAACUUGAAUCGAAGAUGGAUGGGAUGGUUGAUCAGCUGUCGGAAAUUGUAGACACAAGAGAGCAACUUUCAAAUGUUACAAACGAGUUGAAGGCCACACGGGGAGAACUGCUUAGCAUGGAAACAGAACUUGCUGCUGCCAGAGAGUCGAAGCUUGAGGCCAUGGCUAAAGCAGACUCAAUGGAAACUGAAUUACAAAGGGAAAAACUAAAAACCGAGGAACUGCUAAUGAAUGUUUCUGAGCUCAAUGAAACUAUUCUCCAUUUAAAGUUGGCCGCUACUGAAGCUGAGGAAAAGAAACGUGCAGUUUUAUCAGGCAAAGAUGCCGAGUUACAGUUAGCGGCAACAACAGCACUUGAAGCACAGGAGCAGUUGGAAAAUAUGAGAGAACAACUAGAAGUAGUGAUGAAUUUGAAAAAUCAGCUAACGGAUAAGUCUGUAUUUAUUGAUUCAUUGCGGUUGGAACUUCAGCAAGCAAAUGAGCUUCACAAGUUGUCAGACAAGGCUGCUUCUAAUGCCAUUAAGGAUUUAAACCAGCUAAAAUCAGAUUUUCAACUGCAGGAAAGGAAGAACUCAGAUCAAGAGUAUUACAUCAAAUUACUAGAAACUGAAUUGAAUCAAACAAAAUUAGAAUUUAAGAAUGCGAAAGAAGAGCUGAGCCGCCUGAAAAAUGAGAUGGAGGAGACCAAAGGAGGAGACACAGAAGCACAGGUUGAGAUAGCAAUGCUGAAAUCUGAACUUGUUAAAGGGAGGUCCAAAAUUGCAGUGGCAGAGGCAGCUGAAAAGGUAAGAGCUAAUACUGGGAAAUCAGGGCUGUAUCUCCCAGUUCAUCAGCUAGCAUUAGAAGCGGAAGAGGCCAAGAAAGUGAAUCAAAGAUUAGAAGCAGCAGCAGGAGAGGAGGCGGAAGAAACUGAAAACACUGUCCUUGUCAACCCCCAAUAUGAAAAGUCUUCUCCCGUUGUAGAACAUCCACAAAUGGAUGUGGCAAAGACACAAGAUGAUGAGAAAAGAGAUGCCAUCGAUACCCAUAUCACGAUUUCAAUGGAAGAAUAUGAGCUCUUGGUGAAGGCAGCAGAGAAAGCAGAUCAAGUUCUGGAGCCAGUGGCGGAAAAUAGGAAUGAAUUGGAAAGUUUGAUGAGAGAGUUGGAAAUCAAAAUGAUGAAAAUCAGUGAGUUCAGGACACGGGCAGAGCAAGCUGUAAGCAGGGCUGAGGUGGCUGAGAAGGCUAAAUCAGAAGUUGAGGAUCGACUGAGGAGGGGGCGAGAGCGAAUGGCAAGGAGAAAGGCCGCUUUGGCUGCACUUCGGGAGGAGUCAAUUCCCAAAGAAAGUAGCAGUUUUGAAUUUGACAAGGAUUCUGAAACAUUUCAACCACUGAGUAAGGUUCUCAACAUAAAUUAGUCCUCAGAAGUUCUUUGGAAGUUUUUUGCUAUCAAAAAGUGUUAAGACAGUCCUCUAGCACUCCCUAUCCUAUCCCUUUGGGAUCCAUGACUGAUUGUAGCUCAUCCAUUGAUCUAAGUUAAGAUCUUCAUUGUAUUUUUUUGUUGCUGUUAAUAUAGUAUCAGUCUCGUGUUUGCUACAUGAAUGUAUUGUGUAAUUAAGGGUGACGAUACGAAGAAGAACCAAUAUGUGAAAUACAUAACUAUUUAUCAUCAGUCCAUCAUAUAUGAGGAUCUGACGAGACCAAGAAUAAGUAUAUGAUUGAUGAAUAAGUGAAGUG